ACCAAUGGAGUAACGACAGAUAAUUUCAUGGGCAAAUUGACAAGUGCCGAGCCCCAUUUAUCAAAGUAUUUAUUUACAUCAGAACAGUUUUAUUUGGCCAUUACGUAUUCGAACGACAGACUUGAUAAAUAAGAGAACUUUUGUGGUUUUAUUGCGUCAGCGUAAAAUUCUAGUGUUUUUAUCGUAGUAUUGCUUUUGUAAAGCAAUUAGCGAAGUGAAUUGGUAGCGUUGUUAAAAUCACGAGUUAUAAGUGUUAUCUAAUAGCAGAGAGCAAUUGGAUGAUUGAAGAUGAUACCGAAUAACGUGACUUUGAUUGUGAAGGCGCCGAAUCAACAGAUUGAGGACCAAAAUAUUGAAUGCGAGUCGUCAUGGACGGUGCGACAGUUGAAGGGGCAUCUCUCCGAAGUUUACCCAAGUAAACCCGGCACAGACGAACAGAAGAUAAUAUACUCCGGUCAACUUUUAGACGACAACAUAAUCUUGAAGGACGUGCUCAGAACAUAUGAGAGUCAGAUCGCGCACACCAUGCAUCUAGUCUGCACGCCUACCCGCAAGGUGGAGCCACAGUCACCGGUCAUAGAGCCGAACACUGACGGACUUCGCCGAAGAGUUGUCGAAGCCACGAACCAAACUGAAAGGGUCACUGAACCCCCAAGACCGGAGACAAGGCAGAACGACCAGAACCAUAAUGUAGAGAUGCAGAAUUAUUUAACGUCUUUCGUGAAUAACUAUGGAAGGGUCCCCCCUUACCCGAAUUAUAAUUUCGGAGAGGGUUAUUUGCCAGUGCCUAACGACCCGGCCCAGUUGGCCAAUCACAUGAUGAUGAUGCAGCAGGCUUACCUCCAAUAUAUGCAACAGUAUGCUAACAUGUGGCAAGCGGCAGGUGCUGCUCCGGCCGCGCCAGCCCCAGCCGAGACACCGGCCCCGGCUGCCGAAGCCCCGGCCGCCGUGGACGAGCAAGACGAAGCCAUAGCCCCCCGUGAUUGGCUCGACCAUCUGUACGCAGCCUCCAGACUAGCGAUAUUGUUCUCUCUGGUCUACCUGUAUGGAAGCCCUGCCAGACUGUUGUUGGUGCUCCUAUUGGCUGCUGCUGGUUAUCUGCACCAGAUCGGUUUCUUCCGCGAUCUUCACGUCAACCCAGCAGACAACCAGCGUCGUGAAGCACCCAACCAGAAUCAACCCAACCAGCCUAAUCAGCCCAACCAACCGAAUCAGCCCAAUCAACCAAAUCAACCUAACCAACCAGCUGAACAGUCACCUCAACCAACACAACCAACCUCCCAGUCCAUUCUAGCAGUCACUUGGAUGAUAUUCACAUCAUUCUUCGCUUCACUCAUUCCGGACACAAACUAAUAUACAAUUGUAGUUCUUGGAGGAGUUACUCAGUCGUCGCGACGUAAAAAUAUAUUGUAUAGGAAUGCUGAAAGCAAAAAACGGUUUUAUGGACCCUCGAGGAGUGUAACGGCUCCUAUAUAAGGUUUCCUGGUGAAGGUGACGUUAACGGGCCGGUCUUUUCGGCCCUGAACCGUUUUAGGGUCUUUAAAAACUCAAGAAAUUUUCGUUUUUUUUUAUAUGGUGACUGUGUGGUAAUGUCCGUUGCUGAUUGGUUGGUUAGUCUAACUCAGUAUCUUGUUAAUGUCAUUUUGACAGCUAGUAUGGACUGUCAAGAUUUAAAGCUUUGCUAACGCCAUCUAGUGAGGAGAAAUGACAUCAUGAAUUUGUUUUAAAUUUUUGUUGAGGUUUUGUGCAUUGUCUACUAAAUAAUUUGAGUUUUUUCUUAGAUAGUACCAGUAAAAACACUUCGGUAUGAAUAGGUGACUGAUGAUGAGGAAUUGAUCAGUCCAUACAUAUUGGAUGGGGCUUUCAUUUAGAUAUAUUGAGAGAAAAAAAAUCCCAAAGAAAUAAGCACAUAAACGUAUGGUCGUCUUGUUUUUCAAGGUCAUAUGAUUUCUAACUUCAUUAUUAUUUAUUUUUUUCAUUAAAAAUUGUAACCGUUUACCAUAAUGUAAUUCGAUUACACCGUUUCUCUCUAAACAUCGUCCACUCAUACUAAUAGAAAAAGAAAAGAGAGAAAAAACGAAGUGAAAAAGUUUUAUGAUUAUUUAUCUCUUUCUAAUCCUUUUUAUUAGAAAGAGAGGACAACGUUUAUGAAAACUAUGGUUCUUAAACUUACCAAUGGUGGAGUUUAAUACCAUCUUAGUAAAGAACUGUUUGUAAGGAAUUUGAUCAUAAUCGCUCUUAGCGCCAUCUGGUGAGAGAAAAAACGACAGUUUUCAUUUAGCAGAGUCGGUUCAAAGUAAAAAUGAAUGAAUGAUGUCCUUUUAAUUUAUUUACUAAAGCUAUACUUUGCUAGUGACGAAAUUACUACCUUUUUUGAAGGGGUAAUCAGCAAGGCGGGAGGGAGUGUCAGACUCUUACUGGCUUAAAACCACCCCGUUCCUUGUUUUAUGGAAUAGGAGGCAAAC